GGAGGAGGAGGAAGAAGAAGAGGAGGAAGAAGAGAAGGAAGAAAAGAAGGAGGAAGAGGAGGAGGAGGCCAGGGGGGGCCAUGGCGGCCACGGAGCUUGCACGCCAGGUGGGUGAAGGUUGCCGAACCGUUCCUCUUUCUGGCCAUGUCGGAUUCGAUAGCUUGCCUGACCAGCUGGUUAACAAAUCAGUUAACCAAGGCUUCUGUUUCAACAUCCUCUGUGUGGGAGAAACAGGUCUCGGGAAGUCGACGCUAAUGGACACACUCUUCAACACCAAGUUUGAAGGAGAUCCAGCUUCUCAUUCCCAGCCAGGAGUGCAGCUGAAAUCCAGUUCCUACGACUUGCAGGAAAGCAAUGUUCAUCUGAAGUUGACCAUUGUUAGCACGGUGGGCUUUGGCGACCAGAUUAACAAAGAGGACAGCUAUAAACCCAUUGUGGAAUUCAUUGAUACCCAAUUUGAAGCCUACCUACAAGAGGAGCUGAAAAUUAAGCGGGUGCUGCAUAAUUACCACGAUUCCAGGGUCCAUGCUUGCUUGUACUUUAUCGCUCCCACAGGACAUUCUUUGAAGUCCUUGGACUUGGUCACCAUGAAGAAACUGGACAGUAAGGUGAAUAUCAUUCCUAUUAUUGCCAAAUCUGACGCCAUUUCCAAGAGCGAGCUGACCAAAUUCAAAAUUAAGAUCACCAGUGAACUCGUGAGCAACGGAGUCCAAAUCUACCAAUUCCCUACUGACGAUGAAUCCGUGUCAGAAAUCAACGGAACCAUGAACGCUCAUUUACCUUUUGCCAUCAUUGGCAGCACAGAAGAAAUCAAGAUAGGAAAUAAAAUGAUGAAAGCACGUCAAUAUCCAUGGGGAAUAGUGCAGGUGGAAAAUGAAGCCCAUUGUGACUUUGUGAAACUCCGAGAGAUGUUGAUCAGGGUCAACAUGGAAGAUCUUCGCGAACAAACCCACACACGCCAUUAUGAGUUAUAUCGACGGUGUAAACUGGAAGAAAUGGGAUUUAAGGACACCGAUCCCGACAGCAAGCCAUUCAGUUUACAAGAAACCUACGAGGCCAAAAGGAACGAAUUUCUUGGAGAACUUCAGAAGAAAGAAGAGGAAAUGAGACAGAUGUUUGUCCAGAGGGUGAAAGAGAAGGAAGCAGAGCUGAAAGAGGCUGAAAAAGAGCUCCACGAGAAAUUUGAUCGUCUGAAGAAGCUGCACCAGGAUGAGAAGAAGAAGCUGGAGGACAAGAAGAAAUCCUUGGACGAUGAAGUCAACGCCUUUAAGCAGAGGAAGACAGCCGCUGAAUUGCUCCAGUCUCAGACUCAACAAGCAGGAGGUUCACAGACACUGAAAAGGGAAAAGGAGAGAAAAAAGUAAUUAAUCCCCGCUGUUUGCUGCAUGGUGCAUGCAUGGUGCAUGACGGCACCUUGUGUGGGUAAGAGGCUGUGACUAAACCCAAGAAGGCAAGGCAGUGCGACCCACAAACACACCUUGUGCCAGACCAGACACAAUCCUCCUGAAUCGUCCGACUCCUAGUAUUUUUUGGCCAUUCCCAACAUAGAGAUCUCUUCCAGUUACGCAUCCUUCCUUCUAAGUGAGAUGAAGGCAGGAAGAUGUUUUCCCUUCUCCGUCGGCUGUUUGAACUGCCAACCAAGAUUUUUUAAAGUGUUAUGUUUUUUAAAAAAAGUAUUAAAAAAAAAUCUU